AAGAAAAGGAGGCAACAGAUUUCCCAGGCCUAACUUUGUUACAGAGCUUUUUUUAAAAAAAACAUUUGUGGGUUUUGUACAAACAGGAUUACCAGUGGGUAGUGACAAAACCUAAGGAGCGGGCUCUUGAAUGCUGUCAGGAGAACAAUGCGUGUUGCGCUGCGGCAUCGCAGUGGCUGCCUGCUGCUCUGCCUGGGCCUGUCUCUGGUCACCCUGCUGCUGCAGAGCCUCUGGGUACCUACUGAACCAACCCAUGACAAGACUGCUGGGAGAUCACCUGAGGAACAGAGUCAGCAGAGUCAUCGCCUCCACAGGUUGGCAGUCCGUUUGGAGGCUUUGAGUACUCAGGUGCAGAGGCUGAGCAGCGAAAGAGAUGAUGUCCAUCUGAACAGAAAAGAUCUCAGUUUACUACUACACAGAUUCAGGCAGGAUCAGCAGGGUUUGGCUCACCUGGUUGAGCAGGAGCUGCAGAAAGUGUCUCAGAAGCUCGAUCAGCUCAGCCACCAUCAUCAUCAUCAUCAUCAAGCUGAUACCCCACACAAUGAUGAUAGACCACAUCAAGGGCCUGGAGAGAAGUGUGAAGUACCRAAAGACCCUGCAUAUCCAGUGUGUGCUGAGAAGGUCAAGUUUCUGCAGACACUCUGGCAGUCGGACCCCUGCUAUGCAUUUUAUGGCGUGGAUGGGUCCACGUGCUCCAUACUGACGUACCUCAGCCAAAUUGAGGAUUUUUGUCCCCCUCAGGUUGGAAGGAACUACUCCUCUCUGCCAUGGCAUCAAAAACCUCUUUCACAUCCACAUAAGGCUGACAUACGUGACACUUUGAGGCCGCUGUACGAGGUGAUCAGCAACAACAGCAGCAGCCCGGUGAUUAGGUUCAUCCGCUCCAGAGUGGAAAGAAUGUCUGAAAGGUGGAAACGGGCUGGACAAAGGUGGAAGCAGAGCAGCAAUGAGACAGUUCCUCUGAUGAAGGUUCUGAUAGGUGCUGCGCCGGGCCGAGGCAGCUGUCCAAUCCAGAGGCCUCUCACCUUUGACCUCAUUUACACCGACUACCACGGCCUUGCUCACCUCCAAGGAGCCAUGGGACUGGCUUUUCAGCAUUACCAGUGCCGCUUUAGGAUUUUGGACUCGUUUGGAACUGAACCGGCCUUUAACCUGGGAACUUACGCUCGAAGUCGUGGAUAUGAAACCCAGUGGGGCAGCUGGAGUCUCCAUCCUCUGCAGUAUAUGACCAUGUUCCCUCAUUCUCCUGACAAUUCCUUUCUGGGCUUCGUGAGCGAAGAGGCAGUGAAGGAUGAGGAGCCUGGGUCAGAAAGUUCCAAGAAAGACAAGAUAGCAGUUGUCUAUGGCAAACAGGAAUACAUGUGGCAGGGUAAAUCUAAAUAUCUGGAGGUUAUUAGUGAAGAAUUAGAGACUCAUGCCACAGUCUACGGGCCUCCAGGACACGCCUCCAGUCUACCCAGUUUCAUCAGAAACCACGGACUCCUGUCUCAGGAGGACUUUCUGCAACUUCUCCAAAGAACAAAGGUUUUUGUAGGUCUUGGGUUCCCCUACGAGGGUCCGGCUCCUAUCGAGGCCAUAGCUCUGGGUUGCGUUUUCCUUCAGCCACAGUUUGACCCCCCACACUCAUCAGAAAACAGUGACUUCUACAAGGGCAAGCCCACCACGAGACAGAUCACCUCACAGCACCCGUAUGCUGAGCAGUUCAUUGGUAAACCCUACGUGUGGACUGUGGAUGUGACCAACAGGACUGCAGUUCAGCAGGCUCUCAGGACUAUUUUAAGCACGGAGGUGAAGCCUUUCACGCCUCAGGAGUUCACAUGUGGGGGAAUGCUGGAGCGGCUUCACGGUUACAUCACUCAGCAGAACUUCUGCAGUAAAUCUGUCCCUACUUGGCCUCCAGAAAGUGCUCUAAGGGGGCACCUGGGUCCACUGGGUCAGUCGUGUGUGAGUGUGUGUCAGCGCUCCGCUUUGUUGUGUGAGCCCGCUCUCUUUCAUCACCUGAACACACCUGCAGCGUUUACCAGGCUCGGACUGGACUGCUCCAGCACGGUGCAGGACGUCAACCAUCUGUUUCCAUCCUACAACCCGUGGGGUCGUCACUGUGGCCUUCAGCAGGAGCCGCUGCUGUUCAGCUGUGCUGGAUCUGACCCUUCACAUCGCAGACUGUGUCCCUGCAGAGCUCACCUAUCUGCACAGAUGCCAGUAGAACCAGACUGCAUUUGAGCGGGACAGUGGAAUAACUCAGGAAAAAAAUUAAAAAAUUUUAAAAAAAUGGCACCAAAGAGUCGUUGUCGUGAUGCACUGUGGACAGGCAAAGGGAGCCAACAGUUCUUCCAAAACUUGUCUGUUGGUUUUAUUUAUAAUUAUUACAUAUAGAAACUGAAAUAUGGUUGAGUAAAAAAUUGUUUAUAGACUUAAUUUGUCCAAAGCCACCACAGAAACACUCAGGAAGCAGCUGUGAAUUGUUAAAAAUAGUGAUUUUUUUGAGCCAGCUUUUGUACAGUAUCUGAUAAAGAUGCAUUUUAUGAGUAAUUAAAAGUGUUCAAAUGAAAAUGUUA